AUGAGUGGAAAGAAUAAAAGAGAUGGUGAUAUUCUCAAAUCUUUUCAGAAAAAAUAUAAGAAAAAUAAUGAAGAAACCUUAAUAUUAAAUAAAGUAAGUAAUAAUUCGAGAUUUUAAUUAUUAAAUAACAACGUUAAAUGUAAUUACUUAUUAAUAAAGUUUUAUUAGGUUAUGUAUUGAUGGUACAUAUUAGAUUAUAAAUUUAAUGAUAUUUUGUAGGAGCUAAAUGUUGAUAAAUCAUUGCAAGUUGAUACUAAAGUCAAUCAAGAGGGAGAAACAUCCGAUGAUAAAUCUGAAAGCCAAGUUCAGGUAUCCAGUGUAGACACAAUUUAA